AUGAAUAGAGACCAACAGGGGACAAAGAUCCAGGCCUCCCACCUUCCAAGCUGGAGCACUUCCUACUCCCACAUGCUGCUUCCUUCAUCUCCAGCCUUUAUACCCCUCUUCCGAUCAUGUUACCAUGAACUUGGUAGAGGACUAAGAGGGAAACAGAAAAAAGGCCACUGGGAAAAAUACUUGUCCCUGGGGGACAGCUUUUAUAGUGCAUGUUGUUCAGGAGCUACUUCCUCCUGCCCCAAGGUUCUGGAACAAGAUGAACGCCCUUCUCCCGGUGCUGAGAGGCCAGAGGGACGACUGAGUGCAGAUCUACUCUCAACUGCCUCUGCGCUGGGCCCUGGGCAGCCAAUCCAUAUUGAUGUCAUCGUCCUUCGACUUCAGUUUGCAUUUGAUCAAUGGGAAGUAUUAGCAGGAGGUGGUAGAGUGAGGCGGGAGGAAAGAGGAGUCAGAAUGUUUGUUCCUCGGGUCCCCUCCCUCCUGGAUUGCAGAGACUGGGAUGCAGAUGGAAAAGGCCCUAGUGUCUGGGACACAUUCACCCAUCAGGGAGGAGAGAGAGUUUUCAAGAACCAGACUGGCGAUGUAGCUUGUGGCAGCUACACUCUGUGGGAGGAAGAUUUGAAAUGUAUCAAACAGCUUGGAUUGACUCAUUACCGCUUCUCUCUUUCCUGGUCACGUCUGUUACCUGAUGGGACGACAGGUUUCAUCAACCAGAAAGGAAUUGACUAUUACAACAAGAUCAUUGAUGAUUUGUUAACUAAUGCGGUUACGCCUAUAGUGACCCUCUACCACUAUGAUUUGCCUCAGGCCUUAGAAGACAAAGGAGGUUGGUUGUCAGAGGCAAUCAUUGAAUCCUUUGAUAAAUAUGCCCGGUUUUGCUUCAGUACUUUUGGAGAUCGAGUCCAGUGGUGGAUCACCAUAAAUGAGCCUAAUGUUUUUGCCCUGCUGGCAUAUGACUUUGGAAUAUAUCCUCCUGGUGUACCUCACUUUGGAACUGGAGGUUAUCAGGCAGCUCAUAAUUUGAUUAAAGCUCACGCCAGAUCCUGGCACAGCUAUGAUUCCUUAUUCUGAAAAGUGCAGAAGGGUGUGGUGUCCCUAGCAAUUUUUGCUACCUGGGUGGAACCGGCAGAUCCCAACUCAGUGUCUGACCAGGAAGCUGCUAAAAGAGCCCUUGCUUUCUGCUUGGAUUUCUUUGCUAAACCCAUAUUUACUGUUGGUGAUUAUCCGGAAGUUGUCAAGUCCCAGAUUGCCUUCGUGAGUAAAAAGCAAGGCUAUCCAUCAUCAAGGCUUCCAGAAUUUACAGAAGAAGAGAAGAGAAUGAAUAAAGGCACUGCUGAUUUCUUUGCUGUGCAUUAUUAUACAACUCGCUUAGUCAAGUACCAGGAGAAUAAGAAAGAACUGGGUUUUUUCCAGGAUGUGGAGAUUCAAGUUUUUCCAGACCCAACUUGGAUAAGAAGUUUGGAUUGGAUCUACGUGGUGCCAUGGGGAAUACGUAAAGAUGCGUAUAAUAACCCUGUAAUUUACAUCACUGAGAAUGGGUUUCCCCAGGGUGACCCUGCAUCUCUUGAUGACACUCAGCGCUGGGAGUAUUUCAGACAGACAUUUCAGGAACUGUUCAAAGCUAUCCAGCUUGAUAAAGUCAAUUGCAAAAUAUAUUGUGCAUGGUCUCUUCUGGAUAACUUUGAGUGGAUCCAAGGGUAUAGCAGCCGGUUUGGUCUCUUCCAUGUUGAUUUUGAGGAUCCUUCUAGACCUCGAGUGCCUUACACAUCAGCCAAGGAGUAUGCCAAGAUCAUCCAAAACAAUGGCCUAGAAGAACAUCCAUAA